CACAAUAAUGGACCGUUACAUCAUUUCAAAUUCUAAAGGACCGUUAAAAAGGGUGCUCCUCUCUACUUUCCCCCCGCUCUCCCAAUUCAUUCCAAAAUCAACAGUCGAUGGCGGAUCAGAAUACCAACACUUCAAUAAUGGAAUCCAAACCUUUACACCCACUUCACCAAAUCGCAGAAACCCCAACUCACAAAUUGCUUCUCAAACAAUGGCUUAAAGAAGAAGAACUCAUCCUCAACAGAAUCGCCAACAAAGAAACUCAAAUCGAUUCGGUUCGCAAUGAAAUCACUCAGCUCUACUGUAUCUUCUUUCUGUUCCAUUCCAUUUCACUUAUGCUUUUAUUCAGUGCUUCAUCGAAAUGGGCUUCGAAAACUGGGCUUUGUCACCGUUCUUGGAUCCCGUCUUUGUGUUCACUUCUAUGUUCUAUGGGUAUCAUUUGGGCUGUUAGGUACAAGACCGACACCGAGAGUCAUUUAGAGAAAUUGCUGGAAAGAGAGAAAGAGGAUGGGAAAUUAUUGGCCAAGUGUGUUGAGGAGUUGAAGAAAAAAGGGGUGGAAUUUGAUUUGUUGAAGGAAGUUGAUGCUCUUAGAAGGGCUAAGAGUUUGAGGGUUGAAGCUAAGGUUGUUAAAAAAUGGUCUGCUAGAGACUUUGUGUCUCUGUUUUUCUUUUCUGUUUCUUGUUUGGUACUGGCUUUAACCAGGACUAUAUUGUGUGGUUGAAAUUUACAAGGUUUAAACUACUGUAGAAGUGGUGGAAGAUUGGAUAUGUCUUCUCUUUAAUGAUCUACAAACUGAAAAGCUUGAAGCUUUUUGCCUCUGUAAUCAUGUAGUGGGCUAGUUGUAGUAGAAAAUUGAUUGUGUGGGGGAGGUGAAGGGAAGUUUGCAGAAUAUACUGUUCUGCUUUUGGUUAUUUGGGUAUUCUUUUUUGUAUUUUUGCAGUUAACAGAAUCUUAUUUGGUAACGAAUUCUUAACA